ACAGGAUUGUGUUCCUUGUUUCUGUGGAUUCGCAGGAUAAUAAGGAAAAGAACUCCCCCCCAGCCCCCCUGGCUGUCAGCUACUGCGGAGAUUAGCUGGAUAGCAAAGAGCAAAGAGUCUUUCUUUAAAGCACCAUGCAGCGGCGGCUUCCGCAGGGGUGCCAGACCCUUUGCUUUUACGCCGUCCGAAGUCAACAUGUCCCUGAAAAAUGAGCCGAGAGUAAAUACGUCUGCGCUGCAGAAGAUCGCUGCCGACAUGAGCCACCUGAUAGAAAACCUGGACACGCGAGAGCUCCACUUUGAGGGAGAGGAGGUGGACGUUGACACGUCUGGUGAUCCCAAGGCACGGGAAGAGUAUAUCCCUUUCUCUGCUGUGUAUAACACUCAAGGAUUUAAGGAGCCUAAUAUACAGACGUACCUCGUGGGCUGUCCAGUCAAAGCACAAGUUCUGGAUGUGGAGCGCUUUACGUCGACGACCAAGGUGCCAAGUAUCAAUCUUUACACUAUUGAAUUAACACAUGGAGAAUUUAAGUGGCAAGUUAAGAGGAAGUUCAAGCACUUCCAAGAAUUCCACAGAGAACUACUCAAGUACAAAGCCUUUAUUCGAAUCCCCAUUCCUACCAAAAGACACACAUUUAGAAGACAGCAUGUCAAAGGGGAGGAGCCCCGAGAGAUGCCAAGUUUGCCCCGCUCAUCGGAAAACAGGAUUCGGGAGGAACAGUUCUUCGGCAGAAGGAAACAACUGGAGGAUUAUUUGACAAAGUUACUAAAAAUGCCCAUGUAUAGAAACUAUCAUGCAACAACAGAGUUCCUUGACAUAAGCCAGCUGUCUUUCAUCCAUGAUUUAGGACCAAAGGGCAUAGAAGGCAUGAUAAUGAAAAGAUCUGGAGGACACAGGAUACCAGGCUUGAAUUGCUGUGGCCACGGAAGAGCCUGCUACCGAUGGUCAAAAAGGUGGUUAAUAGUGAAAGACUCCUUUUUACUGUACAUGAAACCAGACAAUGGUGCUGUUGCUUUUGUUCUACUGGUAGAUAAGGCAUUCCGAGUUACAGUGGGGAAGAAGGAGACAGAGACUAAAUAUGGACUCCGAAUCGAUAAUCUCUCAAGGUCCCUUGUCUUAAAAUGCAACAGCUAUAGACACGCUCGCUGGUGGGGGGGCGCCAUCGAUGAAUUCAUCCAGAAGCAUGGCGCGAACUUUCUCAUAGAUCAUCGGUUUGGAUCCUACGCUGCCGUGCAAGAGAGCACUUUAGCUAAAUGGUAUGUUAAUGCCAAAGGAUAUUUCGAAGAUGUCGCAGAUGCAAUGGAGGAGGCUCAAGAAGAGAUUUUUAUCACAGAUUGGUGGUUGAGUCCAGAAAUUUUCAUGAAACGCCCGGUGGUUGAAGGAAAUCGCUGGAGAUUGGACUGCAUUCUUAAACGGAAAGCACAACAGGGCGUGAGGAUCUUCAUAAUGCUCUACAAGGAGGUGGAACUUGCUCUCGGAAUCAAUAGUGGAUACAGCAAGAGGACGUUAAUGCAUCUACACCCCAACAUAAAGGUGAUGAGGCACCCGGACCACGUGUCCUCCACCGUGUACCUGUGGGCUCAUCACGAGAAGCUUGUCAUCGUCGACCAGUCUGUGGCCUUUGUGGGUGGCAUCGACCUGGCCUACGGAAGGUGGGACGACAGUGAGCACAGACUCACGGAUGUGGGCAGCGUGAAGCGCGUCACUACGGGCCCCUCCCUGGCAUCCCUCAUAGCCGAAGGAGCAGAGUCUCUAGAAUCUUUGAGCCUCAAAGGUAAAAGCCAAUCUAAUAAACAUCUUCCCAUCUUGAAGAGUGUGGACAACACGGAUUCCAAAAUGAAAGGCAUAGGCAAGCCGAGGAGGUUCUCCAAGUUCAGCCUCUACCGGCAGCUCCACAGGCACCACCUUCAGAGCGCGGACAGCAGCAGCAGCAGCUUGGCCAGCACCUGCAACUCCGGCUCCGUCCGCAGCUUGCAGACGGGUGUGGGCGAGCUGCACGGGGAGACGCGGUUCUGGCACGGUAAGGACUACUGCAACUUCGUCUUCAAAGACUGGGUGCAGCUCGACAAACCGUUUGCGGAUUUCAUCGACAGGUACUCCACUCCCCGGAUGCCAUGGCAUGACAUUGCCUCUGUGGUCCACGGCAAGGCGGCUCGCGACGUGGCCCGUCACUUCAUCCAGCGCUGGAACUUCACGAAGAUUAUGAAAUCAAAGUAUCGAUCUCUAUCUUAUCCAUUUCUACUCCCCAAAUCUCAAGCAACGGCCCACGAGUUACACUAUCAAGUGCCUGAGUCUGUACGUGCACAAGUCCAGUUGCUCCGGUCUGCUGCGGACUGGUCUGCUGGUAUAAAGUACCAUGAAGAGUCUAUCCACGCUGCUUAUGUGCAUGUGAUUGAGGAAAGCAAGCACUAUAUCUACAUAGAAAAUCAGUUUUUCAUAAGCUGCGCCGAUGACAAAGUUGUGUUCAACAAGAUUGGCGAUGCCAUUGCCCAGAGGAUACUGAAAGCUCACAGGGAAAGCCAGAGAUACCGAGUGUAUGUUGUGAUACCGCUUCUGCCAGGGUUCGAAGGAGACAUUUCAACCGGCGGAGGAAAUGCCCUACAAGCAAUCAUGCAUUUCAACUACAGAACCAUGUGCAGAGGAGAACAUUCCAUCCUUGGACAGCUGAAAGCCGAACUUGGCAAUCAGUGGAUCAACUACAUAUCGUUCUGUGGCCUCCGAACUCAUGCCGAGCUUGACGGCAGCCUCGUCACCGAGCUCAUCUAUGUCCACAGCAAGCUGCUCAUUGCUGACGACAACACUGUCAUUAUUGGCUCCGCCAAUAUAAACGACCGAAGCAUGCUGGGAAAGCGUGACAGUGAAAUGGCUGUCAUUGUGCAGGACACAGAGAUGAUCCCUUCGGUGAUGGACGGAGAGGAGUACCACGCUGGCCGCUUCGCCCAUGGACUUCGGCUGCAGUGCUUUAGACUCGUCCUUGGCUAUCUUUCGGACCCAAGUGAGGACCUUCAGGACCCAGUGAGUGACAAAUUCUUCAAGGAGAUUUGGGUUUCCACAGCAGCUCGAAAUGCUACAAUUUAUGAUAAGGUGUUCCGGUGCCUUCCCAGUGAUGAAGUACACAAUUUAAUUCAGCUGCGAGACUUUAUUGGCAAGCCGAUAUUAGUGAAAGAAGAUCCCGUCCGAGCCGAGGAGGAACUGAAAAAGAUCCGUGGGUUUUUGGUGCAAUUUCCCUUUUACUUCUUGUCUGAAGAAAACCUCCUGCCUUCCGUUGGAACCAAAGAAUCCAUGGUGCCCAUGGAGGUGUGGACUUAGGAAGAGUGUGGCUUCGGCAGCGUUCAACUCUUUUGCAGCCCAACAGUUGUCACCCAAAGACCACAGUGCGCGGCACACAGUGACUCUCUGGGACUCUCACUGCCACAGGCUGCACUGGCACCUUCUUGUCUCCAGCCCCUUGAUUGACUCUGGGGAAGUUCCAAGGACUGAUGUGGACUGGCUUGCGAGGGAUACAGCUAUACGGAUGUAGGGACUGACGGACUAUGAGCAGGGCUAUAUAAUUCCUACAGUCUGUCUUGGCGAAGACAGGACUGCAUUCUUGCUGGUAGGCGCUUAUAUGCCACCAUCAUCAAUUCAAAUCCCAUGACAUACACCAAAAUGCAUUGCCUUUGCUAAUGAGAAUUGAUCUGUUGUCCAAAGUUGUCUGAACCUCUUUAUUCUUUCAGGACCCUCAUGCAACAAAAGUCUGCUGGCUGGCCCUGGCCUUGUACCCUGUACAGGCGCUAUUGUAGGUAUGGUGUGCUGCUAGGACAUCUUUUUAUGCUCGUUCCAGAUGUGCCCAAAGUAGUGGUGCCCCUCCAACAGAGACUGUGGGCAUUCUUUGUUGUCAGCGACUGAAGGGUCAGCUUUAGUCUACACAGCAGCCCGUGCGAGGCACUGCUGAUACUAUUGAACUAUCUUUAACUCCACAGAGCAAUAGGAAGGAAUUAAAUUCACUUAUUGAAGCAGAGAUUUCCCUUCACCCCAACGCUACUGCUAAGAUGUGUCCUUGGGAUAGGGCCUAGCUGAUCAAAUUUGAAAGCACGAGCAGUUUAUUUGAUUACACAGAAACCAGACACAACUCAAAGAGAGCGUGCGCUGCCUUCAGAAACCUCCAAGGGGUCUGUGGGGAUCUGAUCCAGAGACGAAGAGAAAAUGCCUUAUACGUCUGUGAAUGUUCCUGUCAUCUUUAGCUGAAGAAUUGAUUGCAAUGUAAGCUUCCACAUUUCAGAAUAAAACUAGGGAGCUCAAUUUGUCAGUCCAGAGAACCAAAGGCUACAUAAGUCCCACCAGGUUCGUAAGCAUGAGUCUAUAGCCUUAUUUGACAUUCAAUUUUUCGGCCCCCAUUAUCUCCUCUAAGAAAAAAUUAAUUGAUUGCAAACUAUGUGCUGCUCAGCUUGUGUUAUUAAAUACACAUUAACAUUCCAUAAGAGCUUAUGAAAAAGUUCAGGUACUUAUUAAUUCCCAUGUUCUUGUCUGUGAAAAGUUCUGGAAACCCCACUUUUCCACUUAGGGUGCUAGAAUAUCCUUUGAUAUACCAAAGCCUAGGUUUACUAAACAUAGUUCUCUCAGAGGAGCUAAUGCAAGUUCCCCCAAGUCCUGUGCCUGUCAAGCAUGGGGUGGUGCAGUGAUGACAAAUGUCCAUGGGCUGCGCCGGCAGAAUCUCCUUAGGGCUGUUCCAAGAAGUGAAGACCAACCCAGUUUUCAGAGACCUCCUAGUUCCGCCCGGAGGUUAAACAGGAGCAUCAAGCCAAUGAAGAAGAAGAGAGAGACUCUCAAAACCAGGGUAGGAUUUCUUAGCCCGAUACCAUUUCACAAAUGAGGUGGAUGAUGUCACCAAUGAUGGAAAGGAAGAUACUUUUAUAAAUAAAUAAGUUAUUCUCAGAUGGCUACGAAAGGUAAAACAACCUCUCUCUAUAGCCAUUGCAAAUAAGGCAUUUGCUAAUUAUGAACGACACUGAGAUUGAUCUGUAAAGUACCAAGUGUAUGUGGAAUGUCUCAGGAUUUCUCCCAUUUGAUUUUCAAUUUUUCCAACCCUACUGACGUCCACCCAGGGGCUCUUGAUUUUGUAGAAGAUGCUCCCAUGAAACCGUAAAAACUAACCAGUCAGAGAUAGCUUGUUCAGUCACAUAUUCCAACCUCCGUCCCACUUUACAGAUGAGGAAGCUGAGGCUUCAAUGGAAGAACUUGCUUAAAUCCAUCCGAUUUCUGGAUGGGGGAACAAGGACCAGUGCCAUUUCUAUAAUCCAUCAUUCUCCUUUCGCUCAAAAACAUGAGAUGCUGUAAAUAAAUUUCAGACAAGAUGUCUCUAAGUUAUUUAGAACCUGUGGUAUUACAAUAUUUAUGUGUUUACUGGUGUCCCCCCCUCACUAGAAUGUAAGGGGUAAGGACGUCCUGUGUUUAGUUCAUAAGGUAUCCUCAGACCAAAACAGUGCCUAGCACGUAGCAGGUGCUCAUCAAAUGUUUGUGGAAUGAGCCACAGGUAGAAAUAGAGCUAGUGAAAUGAAAAAUGUACUGGGUCUCAAGUAAGAGAUCUUGCUGCUGCUGCUGUCUUCUCCUUCAUCUUCGCAGAGACAGGAUGCUCAUCUGCAAAGGAGACAGGUUUCAAGGUUGACUUGGAGCAAUUUUAUUGAGAAUUUGGCAUCAUCAUUGCCUCUUUUGCAGUAGCAGUGUACAUGAGCAUUCUGUAAAAUUUACAUGUUCUGAACAUGAGACGCACUGCCUGACCUGCUGGCCCACCCUUCUGUGACAUCAGGACUGCCAAAAAGAAGUUGCAAACACAUGUUCUCUUUUACAUUGAGAUGUCUAAUGUGAACUAGACAAUGCAAAUAACUCAAAGCCUCAGAAAGUUAUCAUGAAUCUGUUCAACCUUUCAAAUGGACUAUAACCUUUUGAAAUGCCUUUUUUUUAAAAAAAAAUCACUACCAUGGAGUUAAUUCUGAAUCUUAGUGACUAUACAGAACAGAGUAGAACUGCCCUGUAGGAUUUCAAACCCUAUCUUUAUACAAGCAGACCACUGCACCUUCUUGUGGAGUUGCUGUGGGCUCACAUCUCUGGCCUCUGGGUUAUCAGCUGAGCACUUAACCACUACUCCGCUGGGGUUCCUUAGCCUACAAACAGUAUACAGGAAGCCUUGAUGGUUCCUGUAAUAACUUUUUUGUUUUCAAGAAGGAAAAAUUCUAGCAUUACAACAAAUAAAAGGUAGUAGGUGGAGAUUGACCAAGCUCUCUCAUUGGAGGACAUGGGUGGGUCGGUGGAAGGCAUUUGUUUUAUAUCAGGUGUCUGUGACUGACUCUUCAGUGGGGUGUUCUUAAAUCUCAGGUUCAAUGCAUCAUAAAGAAGUUUGGACAACGGGCCACUGUAUCAUUGGGUAUCAUGCUAUGAAACAAACUAUGGGUUCAUUGUAAAAGCAUCCUUAGAGGAAUUGUACAUUUGUAGAUACUUGAGAUAUGAGCAGUUCAUCUUUUCUGUAAUGCUUUGGGAAGCUGUAAUACAUCAUGAAUUAAAAGCCUUCCAGAUGACAAGGAGCAAGCCAGGAAAUCAUUCUGUAGAUGUAAGAUGGUCGGAUAGAUCUGCAAAGACUUGCAUAGUAAAGGACUUUCAUGUCUCCUCAUCCCUCCUCAUCCGUUCAAUCUCUACACACAGCCAAAAGUUAUAACUUAGUCUAUAAACAUCAGAGAGGACAAGAAGCACCCUGGCAAAACCAAAAUUAGACCUCGACAGUUAACCUUGAGCUUCACUCAGACUUCUAAGUGACUGACAACAUAGUACUUUUUACCAGCUGUAAUAUUCUUUUUACCUCCCCUGGUCUGAUGUGGCCUGUGAGCAUUUGCAGAUGCCUGUCACCUUUCAGAGCAGGGAUGCAGAAAUGACUCUUAGGGAUCUUCAUCUCUCUCUGCUCUCUCGUUUAAAAUCAGUGAGUGUUAAAGGAUUCUAGAUAGGUAUGGGGACACAUUUUUAUUUCCUUGGAAGAUCCUGAGGCCAAUUGCUACUGGCCGUGUGGAGAUUUUAAGUGGGUUUUGCCCAGGGGGGCUUCAGAAAUGUAUGAAUUUCUUUGGAAAUGUUCCUCGGCAUCCAUCCAAAUGAUAUAGUACUUGAGUUUGGAAGACUUGAACUUGAGGGUAGAAGGAUUCAUUGAGUGAGUUUUUAUAAAUCAUGUUAUUUAUCCUUUAUAUCAUUCAUGAUUUGUAACUGGAUAACAAAAGUAAUCAGUUGCUAGAUAAGUGAAAAUUUGUCACAUUAAUCAUGUUAAACUUGCAAAGUGGAAAGUCAGCCAUUAGUGUAGCUGUCCAAACGAAAUGCUGGUUGGUGUACUCUCUCCAAUUUCCAAGCAGCUGUACAAUGAUUCUUCACUUUAUUCUAGAUAAAUGCACUGAAGUGAAUGUCAUUCCAAUUCUGCUUGUUUGGCAGGGAGAGCUAUGACAUCAUGCCCUCCUCAUUUCUAUUCUACUUGUAUGAUUGUUCACAUAAAACGGUCUGGGUCAAAGGUUCUCCUGUGCCAUUAUAUAGAUGUAUGCUAAAUUACUGCAGUUGGAUCACAUGCACCUCUGGAUCAAAAGCAAAUACUUGGUAAUGAACAUCUAUGCAGAAUAUGCAGAUAUGCAGAAUGCCAACUCCUACCUCCCAUCCAGGACCAAACCCUGGUCCAUGGCCAUUGAGCAAAAUGCUACAUCUUCCUCCUGAGGAGCAACUGGUGAGUUUGACCUUGUGGUUAACAAGACCAUGCCUAACCCACAGGGUUUCUUCCAUCCAAGACAGAGGUUGGCAAACUAAGGUGCAUCCCCCUGUUUUUGUUAAAUAAAGUUGUAUUGAAACAUA